AUGUCUGCCGUCACAUCUACCGACCUUAAGGGCGCUCUUCCGUUUCUUGCUAAGGGAAAAGUUCGUGAUAUUUAUACUGUUUCCGACGAUUCGCUUCUUUUUGUUGCGACUGACCGCAUCUCUGCAUACGAUGUCAUUAUGGAGAAUGGCAUCCCCGAUAAGGGCAAGCUUCUGACCAAGCUUUCUCAGUUUUGGUUUAAGCUUCUAGGGAACGAGGUCAAGACACACCUUGUUGGUCCUUCAUUUGAGGAGCCUGAUGAGGCUCUGUUUAAACUUCUCCCUGACUCUGUGUCCAAGAACCCUGAAUUGCGUGCUCAGCUUAUUGGCCGCAGUCUGCUUGUUAACAAGUUCAAGCUUAUUCCCCUCGAGGUGAUUGUCCGUGGUUACAUCACUGGCUCUGCCUGGUCUGAGUACAAGAAGUCCGGCACUGUACAUGGAAUCAAGGUUGCUCCUGGUUUACAAGAGAGCGAGCAGUUUGCUACACCUUUGUAUACACCUUCAACUAAGGCUGAGCAGGGUGAGCACGAUGAGAACAUUCACCCUGACCGUGCAGUUGAGAUUCUUGGUGGUGACAAGGAGCUGGCGGCAGCCAUUGAGGCUCUUGCCAUCAAGUUGUACGUCACUGCCCGUGAUUAUGCGAAAACGCGGGGGAUUAUCAUUGCAGAUACCAAGUUUGAGUUUGGAUACAUUGAGAAUGAGGAUGGUUCCAAGACUCUGGUGCUUGUUGAUGAGGUUCUUACUCCUGACUCGUCGCGUUUCUGGCGCGCCGAUUCGUACGUUAUUGGCCAAGGCCAGGACUCAUAUGAUAAGCAGUUCCUGAGAAACUGGCUCACUGACAACAAUCUCAAGGGUAAGGACGGUGUUACUGUCCCCGAGGAUAUUGUUGAGAACACUAGAAAGAAGUACAUUGAGGCUUACGAGUCCAUCACUGGCGAGAAGUACUCUUCUUAG